AUGGCUGCCGGGGUCACAGAUGGCAAUAUUUUGUACGAUUACUUCAUUCACGCAGAGUGGUCCCUUGGAGGAGAAAUUUUGGUUAGUUUUAAUUUUUUCAGUGCUUGGGAAUGUCUAGAAUUUUUUUGUAUCUGUUUUGAAAGACUUGCUUUCGUGCUUGCGUAGUGGUGAGGUCAACUUAUUACGUGGCAUCGUAGCCAGCUUGCGUACGCUCUCGAGGUUAUAGACUUUUAAUUUGAUAUACUCAAGACUUUCAAGAUAGAUAUUAUGCAUCCAAAUUCUCUCUUAUUUGUAGGCUUCUUUCCAUGAGUUCGAUGAAAAACUAUGAGGCCAAGUUUCUGUUUCGAUUCAUAUCCGAUGAUGAAUUGAAUUAAAUGAAGUCAAAACAAAUAAUUAUCUUGGUUGCUGUCUUGGAAUGUGGUUACAUCUUCAGCUGUGUUAUAGUUCUCCACAUUAAUAUUUAUUAAUUAGCAUAACUGGUGUCAGAUCCGAAUUUAGUGGCUUAUUGCCACAUUGAUUUUCUUGUUAAAGCUCAAAAUGCGAUCUAGACUCGCAGCAUGGCACAUAACAGCUGUAAAACUGAAAGAAAGAACUGCAACCCUGGACAGAUGAGUUCCUGUCUUCUGAUAAUAUUUACUUGCUUUCCAUGUAGCUGGGAAAAGCGUUGCAUGCACAAUGUAUUGUUGACUUCUGCUAUGAUAUCAUAAAUUAGAACAGAACACCUUAACCAACAUGAAUGCAUGGGCCAUGCGAAAUAACAUUCGCUUUAACUCAUCAAAAUGCAAAGUCCUCUCAGUAACUCGCAAAAAAAGCCCAUUUAUCUACGGCUACAAACUCAAUCAUGUACAGCUUGAGCGGGUCACAAGUGAGAAGGAUGUCGGAGUUAUUGUGACUAGCUCCCUUUCAUGGGAUUCACAUGUCCAUACCAUCAUCGCAAAAGCCAACAAGCUACUUGGGCUUCUAAAGCGUACAUGCCCUUUUCUGACCGAUGUUUCAGUCAGGCGGUCCCUCUAUCUGGCUUUGGUAAAGUCACAACUGUGCUAUGCAACGCAAGUGUGGUCCCCAGCCCAAUUCAGUCUCAAAAGUCAGCUUGAAAGAGUACAAAGAUGUGCAACAAGAUGGAUUCUAGGCACCAGAAUUGGGGAAAUGAGCUACCGAGACCGGCUUAUCAAGCUGAAUUUGCUCCCUCUCGCCUACGACCGCGAACUUAAGGACCUUGUGUUUCUUUACAAAUGUCUGAAUAACUACACGGAUCUAAACAUCCUUAACUUUGUUUCUUUUAUUUCCCACGGCCGCACCAGACGAAGUAAUUCCUUCAAUCUCACAACACCUUCGUGUAAAACAAGUACCUUUCAGGCCUCCUAUUUCAACUGAACUGUUAAACUCUGGAACUCCGUAUGUACCUUAUCACCCCCGUCCAAGUUUUCUAACCCGACCGCCUUUCAAACUUUUGUAGCUAAACACAUGUUCUCUCUUGUCCGUUCAGUUUUUGAUGUUAAUAGUCCGUGCAUGUGGUCAAUUGUUAGGUCGUGUCCCUGUCAUUGAUUUUUAGUUAUCUAGCACUUUUUCACCGUACGUUUUUACAUUUUUCAUUUUUUUUUUUUUUUUUUUUUUUUUUCGUUUUUAUUAAGGGUAGUGCCCCGCAUGGGACUCCAUGUCCCGUUCGCACUGACCCUUUUGGCGUAUGUCUAUCCAUUUUUUGUCUCUUUCCUUGUAUAUGUAUUCAUUUUGAGCUUGUAGACGUACCCAAUAAAGUUGUUAAAUAAAUAAAUAAAUAAAUAAAUAAAGAAAUAAAUUAUCAGAACCAAGGUCUGGAGUUAUCUGCUGAAGGCCAGAAAGGCUGAGGCAGAUAACUCAGACAUGAGGUUUGAUAAUUCAUGAAACCAUGCCAAAAUGGGAUUCAGUAAUUAUUUGUUAAUUAUUUUCUUAUACAUUUUUUAAACAAUCUGCAAAAGAAGACUCUUAUCUCUGAGUUUGCCAGAGAAUGAGAACACUACAUGGAUAAGAGGCUUGGAAACUAGGCAGACCAUGAAGUUAACAUGAUAUAUACAUUAUCUGCUGCAGAUAUUCAAAUUGGGUCUUCAUGUGAACUUCACACAGUAUUUUAUAAUGAUUGAAUACUCUCAACCAAUCAGAUUUUUCAUAGAAAGUCAACUGUAUAAUAACCCAGCUUAUCAGAUCAUUUGUUACAGUUUAAUAACAAAACAUUUGGAAAAUACCCAUAAACCACUCUGGAAUCUUUUUGUCUUUAAACCUGGAUACCAUUUACUUGCAGUAGACUUGAAUAGUAGGUCUACCCUAGAAAUCUUGAACUCAUUAUGUCUUGAGAAAAAUUAAUGGUUAAAACUUAGAUGAUCCAGUCAAUAAAGUAUAAGAGGGUUAUAACUUUUCAAUUUUUCUUUCAGAACAAGACUGGGUUUGAUAUUGGUCAGUUGAGAGGAUCAUUGCCGAAGAAGUUUUUGACAGUUGCACAAAGUAUGAAUGUUUUACCAAUUAUUUUGUGUGAGUUAGGCAAUAUAUAACUGUCAGAGUAUUUUGUGUCAGAGAAUCAUACAUGAGCAGCAUAGUGAAUAGUGUGCUCACUAUUGUUAAAAUAGAGAUAAUUGACGUUUCACCUCACAUGACUAUUACCCGAAGAUACUCAUAAUUAAGACAGUUACCCAGAUACUAUAAUGAAGAUUCUGUAGCCUGAUGGCUGGCUUGUUAAGAGAAGCCCCUGCCAGGGUCAUUGCGAUGUUGUUCAGAGUUUUUUUUAGUAACCAUUCAUAAAGAAAAGUAGCUAACAGGAAACACAUGACAGGAAAUACUUAGCAGUUAGUUGGCAGAUAAGGAGUUUUUCUUCAGAAUCAUCAGUUUUUCAAUUUCAUUUGGAAGUUUAGAAGAAUGAUUUAGGUACACUUUCAUGAUAUUAACCUAAUUUGUUGCAUGAAUUACUUGCACCAUUGGAGUAUAGGACAAGUUGAAAUGGUGAUUAUCUUUUCUACUUUACUCUAGAUUCCUUUUGGUGGUUGGUGAGAGGCAUUCAGUACACUGUUAGGUAAUGAAUACAUAUAUCUUAUUAGAUGUUUUGAUGUGUAGUACUGCUGAGUUUGUUUACAAGUUGUUCAUUAUUUCGAUGAGUUGAAUAGAAAAAAUUUCUCACCUACCUGCGUUUCCAAAAUGAAUUUUAACAAACUGAUUAAACAGGACAGUUUUCGAGUUUAUUUCACAGUGACAAAAAUAACGGCAACUGUCCAAAAACCAUACAAAAAUAAUUAGGAUAUCCGGGAUAUUUGUUUUCACUCUUUUCUAACACAUUUUAUUUGUAGUAGAACAGGAGAUAUCGAUUUUUUUGUGCAUUUGGAUAACAGGUGCGAAACUUAACUAAUUUCGCGCUGAAAAUGUGUUUUAUUUGAUACAGAAUAAUGCAUUGAUUUAAAAGAUAGCUCUUACUAAAAAAUUACAAGUCCAUACUUAAAAAAUCUUUCCAAAAAAUUUUGCAAAACUUAAACUCAUAAUCAAAACCAAUAGAGUUCCUUUUUUAUUACUUGGUUUUAUUAACUUAAUUGAUAAGGUAAAUUGGCCACCAUUUGUAAAGUCAAAAAACUCUUUAUGGUGACCAAUUUACAUUAUGAAUUCAGUUAAUAACAACAAUUUAAGCCCUUGUUAAUCAAACCCCUUAACAAACUGAUUAAACAGGAAAGUUUUCUUAGGGAACCAACUGUCCAAAUUCAUUCAUUUAGAUUUUACUCUUUUGCUUUAUUUUACAUACUUUGUAUUUGACAACAAUGUUUUAAUUAAAAAUGAUAUUUAAAAAAAUUAAAGUGAAUCUUUAAAAAAAUGUAGAACUUUCUAUAAAAGUCAAAAACAGGGUUCCUUUUUAUACUUGGUUUUAUCAGCAAAUGUACAAAGUGCAAUGUACAGAGUGCAAUGUAUAAUGUAUGAUGGGUUUUUAUUGAGAAGUAAGGUAGUUGUGGAUAAAUUGAUACCCAAGGAAAUUUAUAAAGAUUUCAAUAAACAAAUUUAUAAACAGUGAGAAUCAUUACAAACCAGUCAAAAUGUUGGGGAAUUGUGUUUUAAUUAAAAGUGAAUUUCAGUUUGAAUAAUUAUUAACUAGUUUGAUUUGGACUUCUCUUUUUUUAAGACUGUAUCUAUAUCUAGAACAAAGGAAAUCAAAAUAAACAAUUUUAAGAUCAUUUUAGUAAAAAACCAUUAUAGACUACAACAGUUGAGCAGGUAUGUCAACACUGUAUUCAAUUUCAGUGGGAGUAAUCAGAUAUUUGGCCUUCCAACACAGCUGUACAAAAUUGUAAACAAUUCACUUGGCUGGCAGUUUGCCCUCUCCAGGUAAACUAUAUAUUUUUCAUUAAGUGAACAUGCUCUUAAUAAUUUUCUUCUAUAUUGCAAAUAAAUUUAUUUGGUCAAUUCUUUUCUGGAAACUGUUAAUUUUAGCUGUAGAUGUUGUUUUGCAAACAAGUGAUAAAAAUAAUAAAUCUUAUCAGGAAGAAGUUAUCUUAAUCUAAUACCAAAUUUUGUAACUAAGUUACAAGAAAUGACUAUCAGCUAGAUGGGAGAAUUAACAACCAGAUCUUGGGAGUUGAAGAGUUAAGACUCGAAUUCAAAGAGAACUUUUAGCUCUUAGUCAAAAUUAAGUACAACCCUAAAUAAUUUCGCAUGUAUAAUUUUCUUAAUUGUAUUUUAUUUAGUGAUGGAAAGCUCCUUGCAGUACUUCAAGAAAGUUGCAUUGAGAUUAGGUAACUUUUGUCUAUUUUCCAAGGUUACCUAGUUAUUAGGUUUACAGUUUGAGUGACAAAAGAUUGCUAGUACAAACACUAAGUAACUGAGAUGAAUCAGGUCAAUUAAUAUUUAUACAAUUGGCUCCAUGUAAAUGAGACUUCAAAGUAUCUUUAAUUUUUGACUGCAAUUAAUGGCUUUUAACCCUUUAAUUCAUCAUGAGUGACCAAGAGAGAAGUUCUCCUUACAAUAUCAAUAUAACAUCAAGCAAUCAAGAAUAGAGAAAAGAGAAAAAUAUCAGUUAGGGGCUCAUUAGUUGAUCCAAUACCAAAUUCUCUGCUAUAAUAUCACAAGAAUUGUAUGGCAAACAGUGAGGAGAAUCACUAAUGAGAUCUUUGGAGUAAAAGGUUAAUGGAGGGCAACUAUUUAAUCACUUACUAUGAACAUUUUCAUACACAGGUCAUUUGUAGACAACUUUGAAUCAGUUAUUGCAAAAUGUACAGGUAGGUAUAUAUACCAUUUGCCAACCUUUCAUUCAGAAGCUGUGGAUGUAAGUUGCUGCAAGUAACUUGCUACAACUCCUUACCAGUUGUUUCUCUUUCUCAUUCAUUUACCAUCCCUAAUAUGAAUAUUUUUGCGGAAGUUUCAGUACAAUUACAUGGAAAGUUUUAUGGGACCUGUGUUGUGUUGCUUUCUCUAAUCAUCAAUAUAGUUUGUUAAAUUUGUUGAAAUAAUUAUACAGCUGUAGGUGAGUACUGAAAAAUAAAACUCCAAUAGCCAGCAAUUCAAAUAUGGGGAUUUUUUUUGCUGAUUUAUGAGACACCUUAAGUGCUGCAGGGAGCCAUCUGGGGAUUUUUGCUGAUUGCUGCAACUAGGGUAUAAAACUGCUUUGCCUCAUCUUGGCUGUGGCCAACUGUGUGCUAAAUGUUUUAAUUUCAUUUUUUCAGUUGAAGAAGACAACUGUCCACAAUGGAGAAAGCUGGCUUGGAGUCAAGAUUGUUCUAUGUUAGCUUUAUCAUACAGGUGGAUGAAAAUUUUUCUCUUGAGAACUUUUUCCUAUGACAAUAAUCACCCACAUACUAGUCUAUGAUGCACCCUUUCUGUUAAGGAACUUAUAAUUGUUGUUUCUAUAUCCCCUGGAAAAUUGGAAAACAAUUACAAAUAAAUGUGCUCACACCUCUCUUUACUUUCUUAAGACAGUGUAUAGCUUACAGUAUACCAUAACUGUAAUACAUACACUAUCACUUAAAUUUUUUAGAUACAAACAAAGAAACUAUGACUAAUUUCUGUUACCAGUUUUAUGGUCUUUAUGUUUCCAACACAGUAAUUCCAUGUGUGUGUGAGAGAGAACAGUUUCUUUUCUGUUAAGGAACUUAUAAUUGUUGUUUCUAUAUCCCUGUGUUUACAGAGUUCUCCUUUCUAGCCUAACUUGUUCUUUCAGUCCUACUAUUAGACACUUUGUUUAAGUGGAAAAUUAAAAUUCCCAGUACAAACCAGACCAUUCUAAAACCAAUUUACUAAAACCAAGUUGUCUCAUAAUUAUCCUCCUACUAACCCAGCACCACAGUUUCUGGAAAACCCAUACCUAUAUAUGCAUUCUUCUUGCAACAAGCAUAUCACCCUCCCUUCUGUAAGCCUCUUGGUGUAUUUGUUACAGAUCAAAAAUUUUCCUCAGUGUAAAAUUUUAAAACCAGGGUGAUCUUUAGCACCUUCUUUCUAAGAUUAUGAUGAUGGGGCAGUAAAAAGAAGCCAGAGGAGGAAAAAUAAAUUAAGCAAAAAAACAAACAAGGAACAAUCAAAAUCAUACUAGUUUGAGAAUUUAAAACCUAGACAUACAUUUUGUUCUAUUCAAUUGACUUAAGCUAGCAAUUAAAAAUUGAUUUUUUUUGUACAGCUCUAGGGACAUAGCAGUUUUUGAUCUUUCUGGAGAACUUCUCUUCACAAUUCCGAAGGUAACCAACAAAAGUUUUGUUUUAUAUUUUGUAAGUUUGUUUACCGGUUUGUCAAAGUCAUCUAUCAUUAAUUUGGUUUUGUUUAUGAGACAAAAUCCAAUUACUGGCUUCAUAUUUGUCUUCUGUUUUAGACCCUUGGGACCAUUCCCUCAGAUCUCAGUGAUAGCAUCACUGGACUUGUUUUUAUUGAACAUAGACACAGCUCACAGUGGUAAGCUGUUGAUUAUGAAUUUUGUGAUUUGUUAUAACAUACCAUAAAUAACAUACUGCAAACUUCUGCUCAUAACACACACCCCCCCACCACUGGUUAUAGGUCCACAUACCUAUAACCAAAAAAGUACAUCAGAUUAUAAGCCCACCUCCCCCUCGGACACAAUCCCCCUUCCUUUUUAAUUAGCUUUUAUUGUUUUGAGAGGUAGGAACUCUGUACUACUCCAAACAGAAAAUUUGAAAAAAUAUCAUGUAAAUUAUUUUUAACUGUCAAGAUAAACUCUUAAGGGGAAAGUCUGAACUUCCAUUUUGUUAUGUUCCAGUUCCACAUAAGUUGAAUUGAACUCAAGUUAUUUUGAUGUUUUGAAGCUUAUAAAAAACCAGCAAAUUUAAAACCCAUUUUGAUCAGCAAAUCUAUAGUUGGUUUUGAAGCACUUUUCCCAUUCUGGUUUUAAAUUGUUUUAGCGCGGGGCUUAUGUAUGGCAGUUUACAGUACUCUAGAGGUACAAAUGUAUAGGAAAGCAUAGGUUGUGGUUCCAUUUAAUAUUUUUUUCUGUGAUUCAGAUUUCUUUUUAAGAUUCAGCCAAAUCUAGCUUAGUAAGCAGUUUAAAGUAUCACAAUUAGGGCUUGAUGUCAAGUCAAUCCAUAGCUUCUACUUUUAUUGAAAUUUUGGAGGAUCUAAUGACAGGAAGGAAAUUUAUUUCCCACGGCAUGCACUUUUGAUUGACUAAUUUGCUUCAAGUAAAAACAUCCUUCAUAGGUCUGCAGAGCUUUUGGUGAUAAAUUUCAGUGGUGCUUUGAAGAACUACCUUGUCAGGUAUGUCUGUGGUGUCAUGUUCUUGUAACCUCUCCUUUGGGGUAUGCAGGUACCUGAUAAAAGUUAUCAGAAAGUCUCUUUCACUGAGAUAUGACAUAUUAACCAUAUCAACAAGUAGAUAAUUGUAUAUAAACCUUCAAAGCUGCUUUUGUGUGGGGUUUGCUCUAAAGAAAGCACAAUGUGCCAAACAGUUUCUCUUUCUUCCCUGAAAUCUGUACUUUAUAGUGACCAUCUCUGUUUGGGACCCUCUUGGCCAACUUACUUAAUCUUUCUUGUAGUUAUGUGUAUAGAGGGUAGAACUGUUUACAAGAUUCAGAAAAAAAUCUAAAUAGGCAGUAAGAGUCUUAAGAGUCAAAGAAGCUGGGACAACUCUAACACACUUAAUAUUACCUGUUUUUUAAUAUUUCAGGAAAAAUAGUCUUAGUCAAAGGAACACCAAAUCAAUUGAUUGGUUAAUAUGAAUUGUUGAGGGACAUAUACUAGGUUUUUAGUUGAAAAUCAAAUUUUAUAUUACUUCUAAGUAUUCUUUUUCACUAUUUUUCAGUUCAACAAAUGGCUUUCAAGAGAACUAUGACUUCUCCUUUGCUAACAUUUUACCUCAUGGAGUAUGCAGUGCUGUUUACCAUCCUCAACACAGCUUGUUGAUACUUGGUAGUCUGACAGGUCAAGGGCAGAGAACUUCAGCAGGUUUGUUGAUGUGGAAAGAAAAGCAAGUCAAGAAAAGUGGAUUUGUCUUAAUUUUCUUUGUUUCAAUUGUAGUUGUUUUAAUUUUCGUUUUUUUUACUGCAGAUGAGCCUUGUCCAGCUUCCCUUUAUGGUUUGACUGCUUGGAGGAUUCUCUCAGGAUAUCCUCAUUACAAACUCAUUGAAGAUGACGGCACACAGUUGAUCAAAGUAACUUUUAUUUUCUCCAUGAGUUUCUCUUGGUGAAUUUUGAUUUGGAGUCAGUAUUUUUUUUUUAUUUGUAACUUAAGUUAAUGUUCUUUGCUGGAUUUUCAGUUUGGUUCUGGGAUAUUGAAUAAGCUUAAAAGUCUACCACUGCUAAAUUCUGGAAUUGAAGGGCAGGUGAGAAGCUCUUUGUGUAACGUGUGUUUUUUUGUUUUUUUGUUUUUUUUUUUGUUUUUGCAUGUGUGUGUUUAAUGCUGUUUAAUGCUACUAAACUCCUUGAAAAAAUGAAAACAGCCAAACCACCACUUAAACAACAAUUCAAUGCUGUAAGUUCAAUUCAAAAAUCUCCACAAAUGCGAGUUUCAUGCACACACCAUCUACUAAACAGCUUACAUAGUUACUUAAAAAUCAUCCACACAAACAUGUGUCAUGCCAAUUCAGUUGUCUUUUUAAUUGUAUGUGUACUAAAGAAUAAAAGUUCUUCCUGGGACACCUGUAUGUCAUCUUGCUUAGACCCCUUUUUUGUUAAAGUCUUUUUUCUUAAGAGGACACUAAAUCUGAUAGACCUUAUUCUUAAACUACACUGUUUAAGCUCCCCAUCUUUCUCCCUGUUUAGGAUGGUGUGGUUUACAUGUCAUUGUCUCCAGAUGGCACUAAGCUGGCAGCAUUACACUUGUCAGGAACUCUGUCUUUGUGGCAAGUGCCAUCACUCAGAUGUCAGAGAAUGUGGACCAAAGAUGAACAGGUACUUUCUUUAGAUUACUUAACAUGGUUGCACGGGAUCUGAUGGAAUAGUAGAUAGUGCACUGAACUCUGGAUCAAAAAGUGUAAUUCAGAGCCUUGACUGAGUCACUGUAUCGUAUUCUUGGGCAAGAUACUCAAAUAUGUACUGGACUGUAGAUCAAACAGUGUGGUUCAGAGCCCUGACUGAGUCUCUGUAUUGUAUUCCUGGGCAAGACACUCAAGUGUGCAGUGGACUCUGGUUGUCUCCUCCCUGGAGAGGAAAAGGGUACCAACAAGCUCAAAGGGAAUCUUUAUGAGAUAAGGAAGUAACUAUAUGAUGGACUGGUAUAAAGUAAUGCAAUUUUUUUUUUUUCCUGGCAGCCCUCAGUCAAGAAUCAUGAAGAACAUCCUGCCUUUUCAGUAUCAAAACCAUUGGAUUCUAACAAGGGUUAGUUAUCUUUAAGGCUGUGUGAUAGGGGAAGAGGUUUCAGGUUAACCCUAAGCAAGUAUUUUAAAAUAUAUUUUAACAAGUUACAUGCUUUUUAUGUAAUUCUUUUGACUGGUAUACCUCAGAAUACCCAUAAGGGAAUGGAUAAACAUGAAUUACAGGUAAAGAACUCAUUCAGGAACAGAAGCUUGAAUCAUUAGUCUUGCUAUUAAAUGAUCUUCCUCAAGUCUAUAUCAUUGUUAGGCAAGCUGUUAUUACAUGUAAUUAUUAUUAUUAUUAUUAUUAUUAUUAUUAUUAUUAUUAUUAACUACAAUUAGUGGUCAAAUGGAGAGUUACCUGGCUUUUACUCUCAUAUUAUAUUUACUUUUUAUUAUCAGAUUCAUCUUUUUGUGGAUUAAUUGAUGUCAAUUGGUGGACAGAGGAGGUGGGAUUAAUAAGUAAUUCAGUACAUUUUCAGUAGUGUCAAAAACACUUUUCUAUAUUAAAUGGCUGUCCUUGGUGGAAUGGGUAACUGUGACCUGAAAAGAGAAGAAAGAUAUCUUGUUAGUACCAAGCAACAUGAAACUUUUGGGGCAUGGGAGAUGUUUGGGAGAUUGUCUACUGUCCAAAUGAGCUCUAGCAGAAAAAAUUUAGCUAAAAACACUUGACACUUACUGUAUCUAUGAAAAAAAAACUCAAUACAUUUGAUAUCAAUUUACAUGAGUUAUCUAUCUACAAAUUGUGCUCCAUUUCCCCCACUCUUCCUCCCUUUGGUGUAACUAACUCAAUUAAUGAAAGAUUUUUUUAAAAUGUAUUUUUUCUUUCUUGUUAAUUCUUGGCUGCUUAAAAGUAAAAUCACAGAGAUUAGCUAGUUCCCAGCAGAAAUUCAAGCGAUCAAAAGACACACACAAAAAAAAUUAUUCAAAGAACAAAAAUAUUCUUAAUCCAAGAACUCCUUCUCGCAGUAAAACCAUGACAAACCAUGGUGAGAAGCCUUGUAAGUAGUGUUAUAGACACAUAGAUGACUGAAAACAGCUUUUAUGAAAAUCUCCCGGAUAUGAGUGGAAUAUUAAACUAUUUUUUUCAAAUUUAUCUAUAAAGCUUCCCUUUCUUUUCUUACUUGAAUAUUUUCCCCUUUGCUUCAAACUCUUAUUUUUCUGUUGUUGUUGUUUUUUUAAUAGGCCUUAAUUUUGUCUCACAGCAUUGGGGCUCUAACUGUUUCCUCUGUAGAAGAGAGGUAUGUGUAAAGAAUACUGAAACUUCAAAAUGAAAAGAAGAAUACAAUAAAAAUUGUCAAAAUUGCCUGCGAGAUACAAAGCUGAAGGGAAAAAUUUUGCAUGGGAAUUUGCCAGGAGCCAGAAGAUGUGUUCCAUCAACCUCUUCCUCUCCUCCUCCUACACAUGGUGAAUAGGUGUGAGAAAUGGUGAACAUUUCCUCGUAGUUUUGCCAAAAAUUAAGCUGAUAUACAGAUCUUAAGAGAAAGUGAAGCAGCUGCAAAAGUUUGCCAUAAUUUCUGAUUCUUUCUGUCAAGAAGUGAGGAUGAUGGAUUACAUUUGAUUAGUGUUUGGAAGGCCCAGGUUGUAACGUUUGUGUUUUUUUUUUUUUUUUUUUUUUUUUUUUUUGUUUUUUUUUUGCUUAAAGUCAACCUUCAACCAAUGAAAGUUUGAUGGUAACAUUGGGAGGGCUAGUGAUAUAUGUUAAACUCCACUGUAGUUGGAAUUAUUUGACAGUUUUUGUCCUCUAUUUGCAGUCUUAAUAACUUACUUGGUAGCCAUCCAGAAAGGUGUGAGCCAUGGUCUCGCAUUACUGCUGCUCAUGAUAAAGGAUUCCUCAUUCUGGAGGUAAAGUAAUGACAAAAGAGAAUAGUUAAAGGCAAUCAUAAUGAUAAGUCCAUUAUUAAAGAAACCACCUCACUCACCCUCUUUGUUAUAAACUACUAUGUGAUAAAUCACAAAUAAGAGUCCAAGUUACUCAGCAGCCUCUAGUUAGUACAGAGAUAGGUAAGGCCAGUGAUAUGGCUACAGCUAUGGAGAAAAUAUGGAGAAUAACAAGACAGAAGUAACUUGAAGAUGCGAGAAGCUUGAACAGAGCAAAGCUUUACAAUGCAUAUACUACAGUACUAAGUGUUACUCCAUACUUGCAACAAAGUGAACUGGUUGCCACAUGUUCAAAACUGUUUUGUCUUGUCGUCAUCAAGUGAACUGAUGCUAAACUGGUUUAAGUGACAAACAUCCAUAAUAAUUCUACCAACAACUUUGGAUCAUCCACAUAUGUUGCUUAAAAACGGAACACUAGAGUGGUAGAUAUGUGUUUGGUAGUACUAAUGAGACCCAAAUAGUAAAUUAAAGUAAACAUUGUAUAGUUUUUCUCUUCUUGAAUUAGUCAAAGCAGUUAGGCUUGGUGCAUCGAUGUCAGUAUCUGAGCAACUGCUCACUUACCCCUCCCCUAAUCCAAUUCUAACCUUAUUAUGGUAGGGUAGGGGUAGGUGUGUAGUGGCUCAGAUGUUGACAUUGAUCCGACUUAGUAAUUUUAUCUUGAAAAUUACCAACGAAGGAGUUUCCACUCUUGAAAACAUUUAUUAACAACUUUCUGGUGGCUUGAAAGUAGUGGGGUAGCUUGCUUUAUUUCUGUCAGUGUGAAAAUAAAAUCAAGACCCUGCAGUCAAAGAUUGUACUCAGUAGUGAUGAAGAUGAUGGUGAUCAACAUGAAAGGGAAGAUGUCAAGUCAGGAAGUGAUGAGGAUGAUGAUGAGGAGGAAACAACUUUGACGUCAAGAACAAAAAACUUUGCCAAUCAGGUUAUUUUUCAAUUCUACUUUCUUCAAAUUCCUUAUUGGCAUUCCUAAUAUUUGUUAUAAGAUUUAUGGACCAGGCAAAUGAAUUUUUUUUGUUGCAAUGUUUUUGCGUGGAAGACUGAGUUGCUCAUCAAAUGAGAAGCCUUAACUUUUGAAAACUGAAAACUACUCUAAGAAGGAAACAUUUGAUAUGGCUUAAAAGAUGCAUGCUGAUUUAUUUAAUCUUGACAAAGUCUGACUGAUAUUACCUUAUGUUGUUAUCUUAUCAUAACCUACAAAUAAAAUAUUCUGACUCAUUUUUUUUAGGUUAAUUGUGCAAUCGUGGUUUCAGUGAUAACAGUUAGUACUUUUCUCUAUGUUUAGGUCUUGUUUUUCCUGACUGAAAGUGAAAGAUUUCAGCAGCCUGUGAAGAUAAGAAGGUAUGUUCAGAAGAUUUCCCAAAAACAAUUGUCCUGUUGCAUUGUCUAAGACUGGUUCUAUCUCAAGCUUAAAAAGAUUCAUGAAAAGGCUCCAGAAAGGGGUGGAUGUUGUUUUCAUGACCGAUUUGUAAUUUUGAACUAUCAAGCCAAUCAACAUUUCAUUCACUUUGGAACACUGUUUUCUUUUUUAUGUGCAUAAUUGCUCUGGUGAUUGUGUACACUCUGAUUUGGUGAGGAUUCUGUUAUAUCUCACUAUAAUAUGCUUAAGACAUAAUUAAAAUACUGAAGUUUAAGUUAUAAUUUGAAAGGUUUUUUUUCACAUUUUUAAAUAGAGUGCUUCAGCGUACAUAUCGACUUGCCUGUUUAAGGUCCACAACACCAGAGGAACUAUAUGCCAGGAAGGUGAUUUAUUCACUAUCAUUUACACUGAUUUAUUUUCAGUUUGAAGUUAACACACAUUCAAAAUAAAGAAUAAUUAUAUUCUCACAUCUCGCCCAUUCAAUAUAGAUUGAGGAUGAGGAGUAUGGUGAAGCUCUUGUCCUUGCACAAACUUAUGGACUGGACAGUGACUUGGUUUAUCAGAAGCAGUGGAGGAAAUCCCCUGUCUCAGUAGCUUCAAUUCAUGACUACUUGGUGGGUGAUACAAUGAAAACAUGCCUCCUGUAGUAAUUUUUUAAACAACUUCCUGUAUGCAUUAAGAGUAUAUGUUGAAAAUCCUUCAAUCCUUCCAAGAUCAGGUUAUUAAUUCUCCCCUCUAGCUGCUACAUAUUUUGUUAUAAACAAGUUAUGAGAAUUUACUGUUAGACCAGGAUGACAACUUAUACUUGAUAAGUUUGAGUAUUCUUAUUACCUGUUUGCUGGAUAGUGUAUGGACAUUGUAGGGAGAACUAACAUUUUAAUCACUUCUGGGAGUAAAGGGUUAAUAGGGGGCACAGGCCACUUAGUGCAACAUUAGGCUAAGACAGUGGGCCUGUUCAAAGAGGAGUAGCUUAAAAAUAUUUGAUUUUUCUCACUCUGUGGCUAAUUUGUUUUGUAUUUUGUAAUGUGACAUGUUUCCAAAAGCAACCAUUACAACCAGUUAGUUUUACCUGUAGGGUAAAUAAGCGUGCUUAGUAUAUACACAUUGUAAAUAUAAUAUCUAUUUUCAACCUAUAUGCAUGGUGUGAAGCAAGCAGAAAGUAUUUGUAAGGUGUAAUAAAGGUGUUCUACAUGCAUGACAUUUAUUGGACAUCACAGUUUUAGUUCUAUCUGCUGAUGUCAGAUGAAACUUAUGGUAAAAUAAAAUAACUUACUAUUCCUUUUUGUGCACUGUUGCACGCUAGUUAUUAAUAUGUUGAAAAAAACUUUUAUUCACUCUAGAGUAAAGUGAAGAAUCGACUAUGGGUUCUUAACGAAUGUGUGGAGAGAGUCCCAGAAACAUAUGAGGCAGCAAAACAGCUGCUGCUGUAUGGUCUUCAUGGAACAGAUGCCAAGGUGGUGAAAGCUUUGGGUAACAAAAAGGGUCCUCUGCCAUUUAUUAUAAAAACAAAGGAGGAUGAAGAAGGUGAAGAGGAUCAGGAGAAAAAAGAUUUUCUGGAGUUUGAAAGGUAUAUCAAGUGAAAAAUGCUUCAUCAAGUGUACACAUAUUUAAGGAGAAGUUAAGUCCUGAAACUGUGAUAACUUUUACAUCAGCCAUUGUAGUUGUAAGUUUAUGACACCCAUACACUUAAUCCUUUAAACAAAUCCAUUGUAUACGCUGGCUUAUUAGAUUAGUGAUGAGUGGAAAUAAAUUAUAUGAUAAAAGCUGGUUUUCAUACUCAAAAUGAAAGAUCCACAUUAUUAACCCAUGAAAAUAAAUUUUUCAUUGGAUUAAUUCUGUUUAAAUGUAUCAAAGCUAUGUAAAGAGAUAUUUUUCUUCACAUUUUGCCAUUGCUGCUGACCUUAUCUGCUAAGGUUAAACCAGAUGGAAGUGACAAUUUUUAGCUCAAUUUUUUUUAACAGUUUUAACCUGGAACAGAGAGACAUCUGCAUGUAUCGCCUGAAGCUCCUUCAGUAUCUUGACCGCCUCUCAACAUAUGAGGAUAUCUUGGGUGGAGUUCACAUAGCUCACGAGGAAUACUGCCACACUUUCUUUGAGAGAUUUAGAGAGUUGAACAUUUUGCAAGCCGCUGUGGAGUAUGCCAGGGUAUGUUAAUGCAGAGGAAAAUGUACCAGAACAUUAUUACUUGUUGCUAAUAUAAUAAGAAAAUUGCCAUUUCUUCUCUUGUCUCCUACCCACCUUUAAUGUAAAAAUGUUUUAAAAGUUUUUAUUUUUUACACCACAACAAUGUUUUGUAUUUACCUUUUGGGGAAGGUUAUGGAAUGAAGGCUUGGAGAACAGUCAAAAGCCCAGUUUAUCAUGACAAGUAACUUGUUUGCCUAAAGUUCAGCUGUAUUUUUAUAAAACAUGUCACCAUUUGCACUGAAAUCCAGUGACAACGGUAUGAUUAUUUAAACAAAUUUUAGGGGUUGUUUAACAAAAAUGCAUCCUAAACAAUCCUCAAUUUAGCCAAAUCUUUCACCUGAAAAAUUUUUUUUGUGAACAAUGUAAAAAGGGUGGAAUGCUAAAAGUGGAAGGACAUUUAAUAUGUAAUUAAAUCAACCAUCUCAUAGAGAAAGCCUGAAGCCCACUGAUUUCACUGACCUUAAUGUGUGACUCAAGGGUGUGAUUGUCAAGGAGAAAUUAGAUGCUUAUAACUCUUAGUUGUUGAAGGGUUAAGUGCAACUCUCUUGGUGACUUUUUAUUACUUUAGGAGGGAAAUUGGGAAGCUUUAGAAGUUAUCUUCACAUACCAUGGCAAAGAGACAAUUCCCCACUGGCUUGCAAUUCUAUCCAACUUUGAUGAGACAAUUCCUCCAUCUGAAUACAAAAGUCUUCUUCCGGAAGCAGGGUGAGUACUCUUGAACUCUUGAAAGGUUUGAUAAUGGGUACAUUCAUUGUUCCUUCCUCUCAUAUUAGAAAUAUUGGAUAGUAACAUUAACCCUUAAACUUCCAGAAGUGAUAAAUAUAUAACUUCCCCCUAUGAUAUCCAUACACUAUUCAGUAACCAGGUAUCGAGAAAUAAUCAAACCUAUCUGAUAGAAGUUUUUAUCUUGAUCAAACACCAAAUCCUUGUAACCAAGUUUUAGGGAAAUGUGUGGCGGUUAGAAGGAAGAAUUUAUUCUCAUUCUGAUCUUGGGUUUUAACUUAAUAAACUUACCAGUGUAGUUUGUAUGAUUUUCAGUAGCAUCUUUGAUGAUCUUUUUUAAGUUUAGGUCACCUAGUACAUUUUAUAACAAGAUGCUGCAAAAUUGUGAAUGUGCUUUAAUUUAACAAAAGGAAUUUGCUACUACAUUCAUUUAGGAGUGCUGACUCCUUAAAUUGACUUCGCACUCCAAGAAUGAGUGCGAAGUCAAUUUAAGGAGUCAGCACUCUUUUACUACACGGCGCCUCCACACCAUUCGUACUCGAAAUAGUUUUAUCCAUCACUAUGUCCAUAAAGCAAUGAUGUAAUAUUGUUUUUCUCUUAAUUAUAUAUUUUUGUCUUUUUAAUUAGUUCUUCUUAGCCAUGUAUUUUUUGUAGUAUAUAUUUUAUUGUAAAUCAAACGUAAUUCAGCCUAUGGCUGCAAGGUUCUUGAUAAUAAACUAUCUAUCUAUCUAUCUAUCUAUCUAGGCUAACUUUUUUUCAGAAUGUUGCCCCCAUUCUUGUUCCUCCACAAGAGCAGCCCUGAGGAGCUGCAUAGGCUCCAGUCUCAAACAGUUACUUCUCUUCUGAUUUUAAAUAUGUGCUCUUUUCACUUAGUUUCUUACCAGAAGACCCAGAAGUUUUGGAAUGGGAUGAAAAGUCUUGGAGAGAUACAGAUUGGGUAGAGAAUGCAGAGUGCAAAAAAAUCUUAGGUUGGGAUCAUAGUGACGACUCAGCUGAAUUUAUUUACCUUGAAAACCCAGAAUUACAACUGUACAGGUGAGUGUUUUGUGGUUGUCUUAUUAUCUGUUGUGCAUAAGAAGUGUUAUAUUUUGAUCAAAUCAUUAAAGGAGAGCUGCAUUAAGACCUAGCAUGUGCAUCUUAAGAAAAUUCAGAAAGAAAUUUUUAUCUCCUCCAUAAUAAGAAGUCUUCAUUUUCUUUUGGUCUACUCCAGCUUCCCUGUCUUCUGUUUUUUCCCUCCCAUUCAAUGACAGUUUUCUAUGUUCAUACAAGUAAGUCGAAGAAACUCUCAGAUAAUUUUCAAAGCUAAUUGGAAAUUCCUCUUGAUAACUGUCUAAGGUGUAAACUUACUUCAGAUGUUGUGAUGCAGUGGUACAGAAAUAGAGCUUGUUUGAUAGAACAUCGCUCCAAGCAGGUAAAGUAGACAUGUAGCUGGUGUGGUGUAACUGCAGUACAUGUAAAAGAUUAAAAGGCUUGAAACAUCCCCUCAAUCUUUUGAUCAGGAAAUAACUUCUACAAGUGAACACUUUUUGCAUUUUGUACAGGUUAUUUCUUGAAUAUGAGGUGUAACACUGCAGGAGUGCUUCCAUAAAUGAGAAAAACCUGGUGGAUGCUUUUUCCCUGUUGCAAACCUAGGGUAGAUUUUCAAGUCAUAAUGUAGAGCUAAAAGACAAAGGCAGGAUCAACAAAGAAACUUUUGAGAAAUAGAGUUAAUUUUGUCUUGCCAUCAGGCUAGAGUACUAUUAUUGCUAAACAACAGGCCACAGUUUUUUGAAGGGUGGAUAACACUAUCCACUGGAUAAAUCUCUAUCUGGUGGAUAGAACAGUAGGUUUCUUUGAUACUUAUCCACUGGAUAGUGAUUUAUCCAUUAAAUGGUAUUAUCCACCUUGUGAAGGGUAUCCAGUCAACUGGGACCGACGCCAAGCGUAUAAAAUCGAGUAGAGAGCGAGUUUUUGAACAACUUAUUAGAAGUUAAACAUACAGAAAAGUAAACGAUAUUUAGUAAAAAACACUGGUGAACAUUGGUGAACAUCAGACAGAAGCUUAAACAUUGGUUAACAUUGGUGAACAUCACCAAUGACUAUAACAGCUUAAGACGCGAACGAGAUUAAUUGUGCGACAACAACGCCGUAAAGAUCAAUUAUUAAUUAAUGCAUUGUUAUUAUUAUUAAUGUAUUGGGCUAAUUGUUGAAAUUUACCACCAAACAUUUUUGGGUUUUUGGGAGUCCAUAGAAAAUUGAAUUCAAUCCAUGCCUUUUAUCAUUGAUGUUUUUCUGAACAGGUGGAUAACUCUUUGGAACUAAUAAAGCUUGGAAUGGAAAGAAGGAUCAAGGUUGGUACACACAAUGCCAUUUUGUACUGUGUACAUGAUUAUUAUCUUUGUUAACUGAGUUGAUUUGAUGUGAAACACUGCCCUGUAGGGAAAUGUAAGGAAAUUAGCAAGGAGAAAAUUUAAUUAGAUCCUGGGAUUUUAAGGGUUGACACAAAAUAUAGGGAACCAGUCAAGGAAACAGACAAAUCACCUUAGUGGGGUGUGAUCUUUGAUGGAUCAAUCAAUGAAGGAAACUAAGAAUGCUCCUAGUGGCUAUAUUUCACCAAACCACAGUAAGCUUACAAGAUAUGCAAGCUAGUUGUGUCUUUUGGCAUGUAAUACUCAUGUUUAUCUUCAUAUGAACACAACACAAAAUAAUUCUGGUGAGUUAAUAUCAGGUACUGUUUCUCUAGGGGCUUCAAGAUCUUCAUGAUGAUCUUGUGACACUUGAAGUGCUAAUAUAUGAGGUAGGGCAAAGGCAUGUCACUCCAUGAGUAUUAACAAAAACUCAGGGGUUGUAAUAAUAUUAGUUUCUUUUUUUCAUUCUGUUCAACACACUCUGUUCUAAAUAUUUUGUGCCCUAUUUUUUUAAUCAAAUUUGAGCCAAUGUUCCAUAUGAGUUAUGUUGAGCAAAUCAACCAACGUCAGAUUAUUCUGAAAUAUUAAUAAUUUCCCAGAAGAAAAUUACUUCUAAAAUUUGUUUAUUUCAGAGUUGCGCAGAUGUGUAUCUCAGUUUGGAGAAUUUUCAAAGCAUGAAUGAACUGGAAAAGUUGAGGAUGUUGUUGAAGAAGGUACGUACAGUUUUAAGCCCCUCAGUCAGUUAGUGGGUGAAUGAGCCUGUCAAUCAGUUGGUCAGGCAGUGAGUCACUGAGUCAUUCUGUGACUCUGUGAGUCAGUGAGUCAAAGUGUCGGUGAGUCGGCUAGUUAGUGAAUCAGUGAAUCAGAGAGUCAGAAGUCAGUGAGUCAGUGAGUCAGUGAGUCAGAGAGUCAGAGAGUCAGAGAGUCAGUGAGUCAGUGAGUCAGUGAGUCAGUGAGUCAGUGAGUCAGAGAGUCAGAGAGUCAGUGAGACAGUGAGUCAGUGAGUCAGUGAGUCAGUGAGUCAGUGAGUCAGUGAGUCAGUGAGCCAGAGAGUCAGUGAGCCAGAGAGUCAGAGAGUCAGUGAGACAGUGAGUCAGUGAGUCAGUGAGUCAGUGAGCCAGAGAGUCAGUGAGCCAGAGAGGCAGAGAGUCAGUGAGUCAGAGAGUCGGUGAGUCGGUGAGUCGGUGAGUCGGUGAGUCGGUGAGUCGGUGAGUCAGUGAGUCAGUGAGUCAGAGAGUCAGAGAGUCAGAGAGUCAGUGAGUCAGUGAGUCAGUGAAUCAGAGAGUCAGAGAGUCAGAGAGUCAGUGAGUCAGUGAGUCAGUGAGUCAGAGAGUCAGAGAGUCAGUGAGUCAGUGAGUCAGUGAGUCAGUGAGUCAGAGAGUCAGUGAGUCAGUGAGUCAGUGAGUCAGAGAGUCAGUGAGUCAGAGAGUCAGAGAGUCAGAGAGUCAGAGAGUCAGUGAGACAGUGAGUCAGUGAGUCAGUGAGUCAGAGAGUCAGAGAGUCAGUGAGUCAGUGAGUCAGUGAGUCAGUGAGUCAGUGAGUCAGUGAGUCAGUGAGUCAGUGAGUCAGAGAGUCAGAGAGUCAGAGAGUCAGUAAGUUGGUCAGUCAGUUAGCUAGUAAGUCAGCCUGUGAGUCAGCUAGUGAGCCAGUCAACAGGUCCAUCAAUGAGCCAGGUAACAAAUAGUCAAUCAGUAAGAUGGUCAGUAAGUUAGUCAGUGAGUUAGUUUGUUAGUCAGUGAGUCAUUCAGUGUGACAGUCAGUCAGGAAGUCAGUCAACCAGUCAGUCAGUAAGGCAGCACCAGUGAUUCAGUCAGUCAGUCUGUGAGUUAUUCUGUAAGUCAGUCAGUCAUUUAGUAGAACAGUCACUUGCUGAGUCAGUCACAAGUGCAUCAAUCACUCUGUCAGUAAGUUUGUGAGGCAGUGAGUCAGUUUGUAGGUCAGUCAAUCAAUAAGUUAUAAAUGAACAGCAUUCCUCAAUUUUUCUACUAAAGCAAAAGUCUGUGAACCAUUUGCUUUGGUCUAUAUGAUAUGUGCAAAUUAGUACAACUCAAAAGAAAAAUCUUAAUUCAUCUCUUCACUUUAAAAUUUUGUUUCUUAAUGUAGUAGAUGGCAGUAAUAUGUAUCCAUUUUAAUUUUAAAGUCCACAGAGGAAUCAUUUAUUGCUGACUUCAAGAGCUGGGUCCUUCCUUUUUUGCAACGUCUUGCAAGACGCAAAAAGAAAUCUCAAGUGAAUCUGAUCCAUCACUAUUUAACAGACAUUGCCAAGGUUAGUGUAGGGUGAUGAUAAGUAAAUUCUUCUCUAUAGUAGAAGAAUGGGGGAUGUGGCCUUGUGGUUUUUGUGUGGGACUCUGAACUGAGAGGUCUGAAUUUGAGUCUUUGUUGGAUCAAUGUAUUUUGAUCACGGGAAAGUCACUUUACUCUCACAGUGCCUCUCUCUACUCAGGAAAAGAAAUGGGUCCUUAUUAACUGUCAGGGAGACCUGACCUUAUCCUAGAGAUAACCCUUCAAUGUACCAGCAUUCCAUUCAAGAAGGAAACAAUACUCCUACUUCUUGAAUGCUAUGGAAGUCAGGACAAGUUUGUGCUUAAUUGGCCACCUUGCAGAGUAUAUCCCAAAAAAUUAUUAAUUUUGCUCUUUUAUGGUUAUUUCUGCUCAAACAUAAAUUGUGACAGCAUUUGUCACAAAAAGCAUGCACAUGUAACAUGAGGAAAAAUGUUCCUUCUAGUGAAGUCAGUGCAAGUUAUUGACAGAAGUUUUUUAGGGAGAAGAGUAUUUUUGUAUAUAAUAACAAACUCCUUGCUCAACUACCUUUGCUACAGCUACCACUGAUAUUACUGCUACUAAUAACUAAAUGCAACUGUUACUGCUUCUAACAGUAACUGCUGCUACCACUUUUAAUCAUUUUUUUUUUUUUUUUUUUUUUUUUUCACAGACUGACCUGACCUAUGUGCUCAAAAUCUUCCAGAAUUCCACCGCAGAGGUAGGUUUAGGGACCAUUCUGUGAAGGGUGUGGUUAUUUCUGUGGCCAUCUGCAGUACACAGGUACAUUUUUAAGCUUGAGUAUUAAGAUAUGCUGUAGACUUUACAAAUGUGUAGUCUAAACUGUCAGGGUUCUCCUCUCCCCUAUCUCCUGAGCUUUUUAUUUUUUCAGGUGUUGGCCAAAGAGAGGGCUGAUUUUUGUGUAUUCCUCUAAUUGGAUUGAAAUAUCUUACUAUUCCUAAAGGGGAUGUUUUUCUUUUCUAUUGUUAUUAGAUUUACAUUAGUAUUAGAGUCACUUUUAGUAUUUUUAUUAACAGCGUAUUUAAUUGUAAUUUAGAAUUUAGAAAAGUCCUGAUGUUCCACCCAUGUAUAAACAAAGUUAAAUCAAUUAAAUCAAUCAAUCAAUCAAUUUGAAUGAAUGUGCACCCUUUUUUUUAAAAAGUUUUUUGACACCAACUUAUCAUUAGUUUCUUAUUAAUAUUCUGCCCUAAUGUAAGGAUCAAAUUGGGGCUGUCUUUUAUGAAACUAUCCCCUAUAGUUGUUGGACUGAAGUAUAAACAUGUCCCAUUAACAACUGUCUGUAUCUGAUGAUGUAUUUUCGAAUCAGAGUGAUUUGAUUUGCUUAUAGAUCAAAGAACCUAUCAUAGCAGAUGUAGCUGAACAGAUGAAACUUGCACUGGAUUGCAUUUAUAUCACAAAAAGGUUUGCAAGUACAAUUAUUAUUAAUAGCUGUAAUAGGGAUUCCAGAAAAAAAAUUCAGACAUUUAAGAUAUCCAGCAGUUUUAAUUAAGAUGAUAUCUUCUUUGCUUAAAUUAAAAUUCUGCAUGUUACAUCAGAAGCUGGGAAAAAUUCUUUGUUCCAAUCAUUUGCACAUAAUCACUUGUUGGACAACCAAGCUUAGUGUUUAUCAGUUCAAGUAUAAUCAUAUGGAAAUGAAGACAUACAACAUAACAAUGCUUACUAAAAUAGAUAUUUGUUUAAGGCAUUUUGGUCAAACUGAAAAGUGUGUAAUCAAGUGACUUAAAGUGUGCAAACUCAAACCUUUAGCACUGAGAAGCGAGAAUGCUUAAGACUCAAUGUGCAUAAUAAUUACCAAUUAUUGGAGGAUGUAGGAAAAUGCAUGCAUGGCCUCUUUAAUUUCUCAGCUUGCAAACUUGCAAAAUACACAUUUAGCCUAAGCAUAGAGACAUCCUUGUAUUGAGCCUGUUCUAAUAUGUUUCAGUUUCUCAGUUGUUCUCAAUUCUUUUUUUUUUUUUUGCUCUUUUAAAGUCAUGUUUUAAGAUUAUGCUUUUGUUAACAGGUUUGAUCAGCUGGAUUUGGCCUUUAGCAUACUGGAAUGUCUUCCAGACAGCAAUGAGGAGUAAGUCCUAUCAGAAAAUAACCAUCUUCUAUUAAAAUUUGUUAGAUUCCUUUUACCUCUUUCAUAUAGUGGCCUUAAUUAAUUUUAUUCUUUCUCUUAUUAAGAUGUAAAUUAGCCCUGUCAGCCUUGUUUUGACUAAAAAUUUAUUAUUUCAAGGCCUUAGAUAUAAGACAUAACAAUUAGGACCACCAUUUCUGGAAGAAGUGUAGUUGGCAUAUAUGUUGUAUGCAGGAUGUAGAGUUUUAACCCAGGAACUGGGUUUUGGCUUCCAAAAUUUGAUCUUAUCUAUUCAUGUGUACUUCAAGGUUUUAACAUCUUCAACACAAUUUGCUGCUAUUUCCAUCCAAAUUUUAAAAUGUUCGUCAUAUUUUUCCAAGUGACUGCUCUGUAUACUGGUGUAUGUACAUGUAUAGGUAAUUGUUAUUGGCUGUUUUACAGUGUUCUUUCAGAUCAGAUCCGAGAGUUAAACAAAAAAGUUGAUCAACUGGAGGUUUACUUGUGGUAAGCUUUUGAUUAGUUUAGCAGAAUUCACAAUUCCAACUUUGUGUCUGUAGACAUGGACACCAAUUUUCUGCGCUAAACAGACCUGAAAUUAUAAUUGAUUUUAUCUUGUAGUGCUUGUGAAACUCUAGCAAAACAUGGUCAUGAAAAGCCAGUGUCAUUUGUCCUUGACACCCAUGUAAGUUACUUUAACUUUGGAAGUUAAUAUAAUUGUGGCAGGUUUCACAUUUUAAAGUUAAAUAAAAAGAGCUCUGAUGUUCCUUUCCAUUUUUUUUGUGAGUCAUCAUUUGUUUUCUUAGUGUUUGUUUGUCCAUGUACACAGAAUAACUCAGAAGAAGCCAGAUCACUAAUGGUAGACAUAACAAAGGCUGCAGCCAAAAAGUAAGUUAGAGACAGUUUUUCUAUUUUAGAGCUUGUUUUACCUUGACAAAACAAUCAUUUUGGCACAAUCUGUGGCUCACAAGGCUAGCAUUUCCUUUCACAGAUAACUGGCAAAUGAGCAACAGUCUUUGUAAACUUCUUGUCAAUCUUACAGAAGGAAUAUAUAGUAUAUGGAAUUUGUAGCAAAAAGUGUUUUAUGCUGUCAUUAGGAACCUAUGCCUGCAUCUUAAGACUGUAAUUGUUUUACAGGAGUCCACCAUUAAAGGAAGCUCAGUGGAUUAGACUUCUUGGUGACUUGUUGACCCUUCAGAAAGAAGUUUACACCUGCAUUGAACCAUCAGUUUGUUAUGAGGUUAGGAAAUGUUAUUAUUUGUGAUAUUGAAUACUGCUACAAAUCAGGCUGCUGUUAUUCUGUACUUUUUAGUUGAAAAUGCUUUCAAAUGUUGUUUAAAGUAUUAUUGUGUUUGCCAAUUGUUUAAAAGACUACCUCUAAAUUUGUUUCCUUUUUUUGGCUUAUUAUUUUCAUAUUUUUGAGAUACUCCUAGUUCUUUCAAUUUUCAAAUUUUUGUUUUUAGCAACUUUGUACAAGAAAGAUAUCAUUUGCAAGACUCUUUCAACUUUGAUUAGCUUGUACAGUGUAUUUUAAUUCUUAUUAUUGGUGGGUGUGGAUGGUGUCCCAAACUUUUUUGGUGUUCUUGCCCCAUUUUAUAGUGUUAUUUAAAAACAGAUAAACAGUGUAAUGUAAUCUAUUUACAAACAUGACAUUAUUAAAAUCGCUGAUCUUAGCAGUUAAGUUAGCAGUACUGUCUUCGGGAUGCAUGUCAUGUAAACUUUGUAAUGGCAUGGCUCAGUGGUAGAGCAUUGCAGCACAAGAUCCGAUGGUCUGCAGCUGAAUUCCUCACAGGGACUCAGAAUUUUUUCUUUGUCCCACGCUCAUGACAAUACAAAAAAAACAUCUUUCACUAUUUCUUUUGAUUUCUGUUUUUGUUUUGUUUUCUUUAUUCUUAUUAGGCCUAAAUUAUGGUUUUGGAGGUUUAAAGUAAUUGUGGGAUUGUGUAUUUACUUUUUGAGAUGAUCCUAAUUUGACCCUAACAAUAAUAUUUAUUGGGCUGAAAGCUUCCGCUUGUCAUUUUUAGCCAUCACUAUUUAGGUAAAAAUCAACUUCACACAACUAUUUAAAUCUUCAAGAUCUACACAGAAACACUUCUACAUUCUGGCAGGCGAGAGUGUAUCCAGCUUGCAGGGCAGAUGAUCUGUAAGACAACUAAGGAGGAUGACUAUCCAGAGCCCACUGACCCUGUUGCUGGUCCUCGGAUCAAGUGUUCCAGGGGCAUAGAGCUUGUUUUAGAUGCUUCCAAAGAGUAUUUUGACUCCUCAGCUGAUCUGACAGACAAGGCCAUGGAUCUUGCAAGGGACUGUUUAAAUCUUACUGAUGAUCGGUCAGUAGCUCUACAGGAAGAGUACAAUUUGAUUGCUGCCUUGGCACUGCUAGAUGAUUUUGGUAUUACAAUUCUUCCUUUGCAAGGUAUGUGAUAGAGACUGUUGGGUCUCUUCAGUGUGGUUUUCCUUAUACAGGAGUUCAGACCUUUGUAUAGUUUUGCUAACAGUCUUGUUAACCAAUAUUCGUUGUUAAGAAACCUAGAUUUUGGGUCUGAAUUGAAUUAUUUUGAAACACAAAAAGAAUAAAUGUUGUCAGUUUUUCUUAUUUUUUUGAUAGCAUGAUAGAGACUUGUACAGUAAUUUGUACAUUACCAAUAGUAAAAUUUUCCAAUAUGUUCUUGUCACCAUGCUUCUUCCUCCAUCUUUUUUGUGUGAAAUCUUUAAAUUUGUAAUUUAUUGAAAAAGUUUGUUCAGUUAAGCUACCUCUGAAUUUUAGAGUGAUCAAACAUUAUGAAUUAUUAAUCAUUAUGUACAUAAUUAAUUAUUUAUUAUUAAUUGUUAAUCGAUUAAUUAACUAUUAAAGAAUGAAACUUUUUUACUCAAGAGGAAAGAAGAGCUGAAUUAAAUGUCAUGGUUUUUCAUGUGUCUUGUUAACAGGUUGCCCUGUUCUAUUUUUCAUCUUAUAAAGAGGUCAUCUCUGUUGACCUUAUGACUCUCAAAAUUUUUGAACAUUUAAACUCUCCUUACAAUAUCAAAAUAUUGUUCUGAAAGUGUUUGACAAUAAUGGAAAUAUGAACUAUUUCAUAGGUUUUAUCCUACCAUCAGGAUAGCACCAGUUUAUAUCAUUUUCUUACUUUGCAUGCAAAAAUAUGUGACAGAUUGUAGGGAGAGUUAAAGACAAGAUAUUGGAAGUUGAAAGUCCUACUUGCCUUUCUACUGUAUUUUGUAGUGCGUUUGUGUGAAGAUAAACUCACCCUGGUCAGACAAGUGUUACAAUCAUCAACCACAGCCUAUAGAAAGAAGCAAAAGGUAAAUUUUUUUUCUCUCAUAAGCAAAAGAAGCAAAAGGUAAAUUUUUUUUCUCUCAUAAGCAAAUAAUACUCUAAAAAUUUUUCACUCAAUAGAAACACUUUUUGUUAAUCUUAUUAAAUUUUUUUUCUGCUGAACCAGAUACUACGUUUAGCAAGCCUUCUUCAGAUCUCAGGCUCAGAUGAAAAAUUGCGGCAUGGCCGUGUGCUCAUGUUGACUGCUGAGUCUGCUAUUCAGGCUUCUGACUACUCUUUUGCAUGUGCAAUAUGCCAAAGUCUAAUGUCAGAGGACUACAGCCCUGUAUGGACCAUCUGCAGGUAAAUGCACCUUUUUAAUUUGUGAUUUUUAAAUACAUUAUUUUAUAAUUAUUCUGCAGAGUUGGAUGGCUACCAUAUUUGUGGAACUCUCCCUGAUUUUACAGCAGCUUGAACUUUGAGACUAGAGCAACCUUGCUGUGCUGCAAGACCAAUAAUUACAAAUUCAUAACCAUAUGUUAUCUCUAGAUUAAGUACUUUAUAUGCACAAGUUGGCCAUAGGUAUUCUUUGAAUUAAUACUGUUAGUAGUGACUAACACUUUCUAGUGAACACCAAAUUAAAUUAUUGAUAUUUCUUUUUGAUGAUUCCAUUAAAGGAAACCUAAGAUGGAAGAAAUUUUAAAGUUUUCAUGAAUAUGAUGUCAUGUAUUAUGAAGUUUUGUUUGGGAAAUUGGGAAACAGUGACAGAAAUUUUUGAAAACUGUAAAUAAAUACUUGUCAAGUGGCAUUUGUGCUAGAAGGCACAAUUUGGCUUGUAUAACUUUAUAUGAUUGCUGCCAUUGUCCUUGUUGACAAUAGCUCUGUUGUUUGAGGGAGUCCUAAGGGGAUCAUGCAGAUGAUAGUGGCAAGGGUAACAUGUUAUAACAUGCUAUAGGAUCCAACAUGGUGACACACACCGAAUUCCUUUUUGAAAACUGGCCACACUGCAUGUAUACUUUAUUGUAUGCUACAUACAUUGUAUUAUCAUGCAAUCUUUAGGAAUUUUUUUGUGGUGAGUAAAUGUCACUUUAGAUUUUUUUGAAGGAGUAUCUCUUUUCAUGUAUCAGGGUUCUUGGAGAGUGUGAAGAGUAUAAAGACCUUAAAGCAAGGUAGGUAUUACUUAUAGGAACUAAACAAACAUUUAAUGAAGAGAAGGAGAAGAGUACACGCUGAACAUCUCCUGACUAGAAAUGAUUUAAUUUUGAUACUAUUGAUUGAUAAUUUCCAGCUGAAAAAUUAUGUUGUCUCAUGGAAAGUGAAAAGUUGGAAAUAGAGUAGAGGGUUUUUUCAGUGUUAAUUUUUUUUUCAAGGCAAAGCCUUCUAGCAUUUGCCCUUACCCACUGCAUACCAGAUGAGUUGGAAUCUCUCCUUAAAUCCAGCAGUCUCUUAGAAACACAGGUAAUAUUAACCAUUUUGUUAUUAAUUUUUGUAGAAUUAUGAAUUUUACUUCAAAACAUACCUUUACAGUCACCUGCACACUGUUAGCAACAUGGAGAUAGUUUACGUUGUCUUUUCUUAGUACAGAAUUGGUUCUUUCUCCUUUUUCUAAAUGAUUAAUUCGUCCUUGUCUUGCAUGACAGAUUUUGUAUCAGGAGUUAAAUCAGCACAUGCAAGUGACAGAUCAGGUACAGUGUGAAACAAAUAAUUAUUAUUAUCUUGCUUAAUACAAUCAGGCACUUUUUUGUUUUCAAGAGAAUACUCACAGUUGCAAAUAAUAGGCCAGGAUGGUCAGAGAAAGCAGUAAAUUUAAAAGCUUAUGCCCUAAAUUAAAAUGACUCAUGUUAGUACCCACCAACUUGAUACCCUGAUAUCCACUGGCAUAUAGGGCUGAAUCAAAAUUCUUAUGGUCUUGCUCUUAUUUUACUCAUUGUUUCAGAUAAGCUCCUGUUCCACAGUUCUCUUAUGGGUAUUUUGGGUUGUCUGCUCUCCUUUUCCCUUUCUGAUGUCCAGACAUGUGAUGCUAAUUGGAGUUUGAGCUGUGGAAAAAAAAUUAAAAAUCUCAACUAAUCUUCCAGCUGAUAUUUUCUAUCAAGGAAAUAAACAGGUUUUUUUUCACAUUUCAUGCAUGCAGCGUGUGCUUUAAUUUCUUUCUGAUUAGUAAUUAAGUAAUAAAUUUUUUUGUAGGAAAAGGAGGAGCCUUCUUCAGAUCAGAGUCUCUUGACACAAUCUAAAUCCUUGCUGUCAGCUGUAGGUGACAAGAAAUUCUGGAAGAGCACCAUGAAAUGGAUCAGACCACUUCAGGAUGAACAGAUGACAUUGUCUAACAGUGAACUAAUCAAACCCGUCUCACAGGCUGUAAACACACACCGAUUUCACCCUUUCUACCAGUCACUGGUGGAAAGAAAUUUUACAAGAAUGAAAGGGGUUAGUGCAGUAAGGCAAAUAUAUUUGUACCUUGGAGAGACAUUUGAAAUAUAUGGUGGCUGAGCUAUGUCUGCACUGAUUAGUGCAGAGAUAGCUCAAGACAACACUAUUUGAGAUAGCUCAAAUAGUGUUGUCAAAGCAAAUGUUUGGCCACCAUCUUGGAUUUUUUUUUUUUUGAGUAGAGGAAGGUUGAGGAGAGAAUUAAGUGAUUUCUACCAUGGAUGGAUAAGAUGAAGGAGGGGGGGGGGGCACCUUGACCCUAAAUCAAAUGUGGCAACCUGGGGAAGGAUUGCAGGCUACAAGAAUAAUAAGGCAAUGUAGUUGAACUGCAGUCUAGCUCUUUUUGACUAGAAUUUCAUUCAGAGAAAGAGAACACCUAGCAGGACUACUUUUUACGCAGUGUGAUUAUGGCAACAGGGGAGACUGAAGCACCUGCAUUGAUGGGUCACUUGACUUUGAGAAAUAAUUCCUGUUCCCACGAAAAUUCAAUUCAUACAAGGCAGAAACAGAAUUGAGAUUUUUGCCUCUUAAGGUCAAAUAUUCACAUUGCUUUAGUUUAGGUUCUCUUAAAAAUGAGUGUCUAUUUGGGAUGGAGAACUGUGGAGAUAUUAAAAAAAGAAAAAACAAAAAAAGAAAUGAAAAGAGUGAUUUGCAAAGCCAGCAAACAGUAAUAUCAAUCAUGUCACAUACAACAUAGCUUGAUCUGAUUUCAGGAUAAAUUGCCAUAUGAGGAACACAUUGCAAAACAGAUGGCAAACAAGCCUCUGCUUUUCAGUCGUUGUUUAUUAAGGACACAAAAACUGUCUGAGAGCAGAUGCGAAGGAGAGAUUGUUGAGCCUACCAAUGAAGGUAUGUGCAGAUGUUCAGUACUACAUUGAUGACAAGUAAACCUUUAUUCCUUUAUUUUGUUGUUCCUGGUUUGUUUCUACUUUUAUAUUACUGGAAAUUUUGAUACAUAAUUUUUAAUUUUAACACUUUAAAAUCCAGUGUUAAACACACUUCAAAAUUGGACUUAUUUAGAUCUGUGCAAAAAUUUGUAAUAUUUUAUGAGGUAUAAGUUUGCAACUUUUGACAUACUUUUUCCUUGGAUAAUAAUGAAUAUGUAUUUCACAUUUAAUCAUAGUCACAUGUUGAUGUAAUUUGCAGAAUACAUGCCAUUAAUUAUUUUAAUAAUAAUUAUUAUAAUUGUUUUUCUAUUAUCAUUAAUUUUAUUACUUACAGUUCUAAUAAAGUUGGUAGAGUCAAUUUUAGAAGAAGACACUACUCUUGGGAUAGCAUAUUUACUGGCACUACAUGAGGUUAGUAAGAGACCCCAUGGAGUAAAUCGAUCAGUGAUUUGAUGCCAAGAUUUUGCUAGUAAGUUUGAAAAAUCUCAUCGAUAAUUAAUAGCUCCCAUGAUAGAAAUAAAUUAUACCUUAAGCAGCUCCUAGUAGCCUAAUCAAAGUCUUCUUACUUAUGUUUUGCUUUUCCAAACUCAGUAUGGUGAGUUUUUGACCCUGAAACAACCUUUUUUCUGUAAACCUACGUCUAUCAAGUUUAUAUGGGAAAUGGAGUACAUACAAAACAUUAUGCAGUUCAGCAAGCACUUCACCCCUAACAGAGCUUCAACAUGUACCAUAAUAUAUCAAAUGAAUGUACUUUUUCAUUAAAUUCCAGGCAUCAGAAGUGAAUGAAUUUUUCAGCAGAUUUGGUGAUAGUUACCUGUGUCUUCACAUGGCAGCAUACUGCUUUGCUGUUAGCACCUACAACAUCAUUCAGCCCUCACUAUCAACUCAUCAGGCUGAUGUUUACCAUCACUUGCCUUCUGACAUCACUGAUCAUGUCAUGAGUCACAUUACUGCUGGUCUGCACAAUAAUUGGCCUAAAAAGUCCCAGGACUUUGCAAAUUUUCUGGUCCGCUAUCACAACCACAUGGCUGACUUUGCCCAGGGACAACUGCUCCAGAGCCUGGGAAAGGGUAUGCUAAUGUAAUCAAUUAAUCAAACAUGUUCUCCAAGGUGUGACCAUUUUAUUCCCCAGUGUAAGCAGAUAAGUACAUUAUUUAGCAACUAAAUUGGCCAUGAAAAUUGCCUUUCAGUCUACAAUUGCCUGCCAUACAUAGGCCAACUGAACAAUCAUACUUAAUUGAAAGACAAGCAUUGUAGUCAGUGGCUUGAUAGCUCAUGUAAUAUUACACGAUUUCCCCCCUCUGUGUGCUACAAUUUUACUCUUGGUGAUCAUUUUAUGGACUGUUAUCUAGGGUGACUCUGAAAAUGUUGAGCUUAGAAUCCCGAUAAUGAAGUAAGACUCAGGGGCAGAUCGAGGAUUUUUCUUUGGAGGGGUGCAGCAUUUAGGAAUGGGAUACAGUAACUGAGGGUGACAUUAACAAAAUUUGAAAAUCAAAGAACUAAGGUAAUGGCUUAUGACUAAACAAUAACAUAAAGUGAGCUGCUGAGAUUACAUAGCAAACUUUACAGCAGAUUUUGUAUAACAAUACUGUGAAGUUGUUUUAGAAAGCUGCACGUCAUCUUGAUGGAAAGGGUUGGGUGCACACUUCUUGCACCUUAGAAAAUGGUUUGACAAUUUGGUUCAGGCCAGUGUUGAAUGAUUUAAUAUUUAAUUCAACUUGCAGGAGUUGACAUUGGUCGUUUUGCACAAGAUCCAGAGUACAAGCAAGAGACCAUCCUGGGAUUGGCCAUGUGAGUUUUGUUCAACAUUUUGUACAAGUGAGAAAGUAAAACACUUGGUUAAAGGGGAGGAUGCACUAAGGGCAUACUGAACAAUUUGAAUUGGUUUUGUUUAAUUAUUUUUAUUAGUGGAAAAUAAUUAGUCGCAAAAACUUGUUUAGGAAGUAAUAACCUUAAAGCAGGCUGUGCUAGACUGACCUGUAGUAGCAAGUGGUUGCUGGUGCAUCUGUACAACACAAGCCUAGUGUGAAAGAAUGCACAAUAAAACCUUUACACCCUAACAUCAGUAUGCAUAUCCUUUAUACUGUUCUCUGUACAUAUCCUAAGGUGAUUACAGGGAGAACUUGUUUCAUCAUCAUGAGCUUCUUUUGCUGGUGUUCAUUUCCCUUAUUUAUGUGUGAUUCAGGAGUAAUAUUGUAAGGAGAGGUUUUACACAAAUCAAGUGAAGAAAAAUGUAAUGAAGAGAAAGCAAACCAGCAAACUAUACUAUCAUUACAUUAAUUGUUUUGCUGAGUUUGUUCUUCAUGAAAGUAAUUGAUUUAUUGGUUUUUUCUUGCAGGGCACUUGAGGAAGAAGUUUUUAACACGGCAAUGUCUUUAGCUGAGCGUUAUAAUGUGUCCAAAUGGGAGAUGUUCAUGACCCAUUUGGAAAGUCUCUUCUCAGACAGCAAGUAUGUCAAAAUGGAAUGUUUCGGAAACAAAAUAAUGAACAUGAGUACUCCUCGAAUUACUCUGUAAGUAUACAGUUCAUUAAUGUGUCAUUAAGCACCUUUAAUUUUUUUUUUCAGCCUGUCAACAAAAGAAAUUCAAGAAAGAGUUAAUAAACUUGAAAUCAUGAACACUUUACUUCAGGAUCCAAGCAAAGUGAGUGUUUGCUUACGUGUAACUUUAAUUAAUCUUAAGUGGUAUUGUUUUAGGGAAUGGGUCAUGGAAUUUAAGGUAGGUGUUUGGGAUGGCAAUCUCUCACGGCAAAAUCACAGCACAUGUCAAAUAAAUUAGGAGGAUUCGGUGACACUUUCAGUGAUUCCUUUACGCAUAUUUGAUCAAGUUAAGUAAUUUUUACUUAUGGGUACCUACUUACCAUGCAUGCCCCUUACUAACUGAUUUCAAGGUCCACACUCUAAAUAACAGACUGACCAAGUUUUCUCAGCUCAGAUUUAUAACCAAUUUGGGAAAAGUGUGCAGGCCAUAAAACUGAGCAGAAAAACUGGUUCUGUAUUUUACAAUUUGGACUGAGAAAACAAGGGUGGUAAGAUAUUUUUAUUUAUUAUAUAUAAACACCAAUAAAAUACCAAGUGAGUUUUUGGGCAAUAAUGUGAUCUCUUCACACAUGAAGAUAGCAUGUUAUCUUCACCAAUGAAAAGAUCACUGUUGCUAUGCCUUUGUUACCAGAUGCCACAUUCAAAAACUUAAUGCACUUGUUUGUGCCACACAGAACAACAUCUCCCACACAGACCACAGCAACUGAUACACUUUGCAAAAAAAACAAUGCACGGCAUUGACAAGAGUCGACUAACCUGGGUCUAACUAUGCAGAAAGGUAGUUUAAAUUAACCAAAAAAAUUAGCCCAAAAAAGCAGCCACAUCACAAUUUUUUCUCUAACCCAGUUAACUCUUAUUGAUUAAGUGGUUAAUUUGUCUAGUGUGGCCACAACCAUGAUUGUGAUACACAUUUUAGUGCAAUGCAAAUCUUGCAAGUUAAAAUUGUCAAUAUCCUAUCUCUCUUUGUCUUUAAGGUACUGGAACGAAUGCAAGAGAACGUGUAUGUGACUAUUGAUGGCACCAAACAUGCCAGGUUAAUUUACUACUAUAUGUUGCUGGAACAGUGUGAGGAGAAAGAUAACACCUUGAGGGUAUGUUGCUAAUUAGCAACACUUUUUUUCCAAAGCUUCCAUAACUUUUGAUAGUCUCUCCCUUUCAAAUUACCCCUAUAAUGUUACAAUGGACAAAAUACUUUACAAAAUGUGUGAUAAUCUAAGAAGAAAUUCACUUGAGAUGCUCUUCACUCUAAGUGGUCAAAAGGUUAAGGAACUGUUCAGUAUGUAAUCAUAAAAGUUACAAUUUCCUCAAUUGUGAUUGGUUUAAAAACUCCUAUUUUCCACCAAUUCACUUGCCAAGUUGUUAUUGGACAGUUUGUUAGUGCACAGUUUGUUAUCGGACAGUUCAAUAAACCAAUCACAUUCAAAUUGGUAUUUUGAAUUAACCAAUUGCAUUCAAAGUUGUAGUUUAAAUCAACCAAUCACAACCUUGGUUUUAAUCACCAUAAAAACAGUUUACAGACCCCUAAAAUGAGGCUUUCCUCAAAAUGGAGAAUUUUUUCCAUUGAACCAUGAAAAUUGUAAUAUUUUUUUAUGAUUAAUUGGUACUAGGACUUCAUGUCAUCCAAUUUUGCUGUAAUCAUACUUGUGACAAACAAAUUGGACUUCUGCUGCGCAGUUACUUGUAUUGGAUUUGUCACUUGUAUGAUUACAGACCGAAUUGGACUCCACUCAGUCCUAUUACCUUUUAAGUAGAGAGCUACACAGAAUUUAUUUACAUAUUAUCUGGUUGCAGGAUAAGAUAGAUGCUCAGUCUCAUCUCAGAAUACUGAAGAAGAUAAAACCUGCUGCUCCUAGUAAGCUUUGUGACUCAGAGUGUUCAUGUUCUUAUUUUCAUUAGGCCAUUUUGCAUUGAUGAUCUGUCUGACUAAAGAUCACCUGGUCCACCAUAUUGAUGAAGAGUCCAGCACAUUUCCUGCUCCUAGUGCUGCACCCAUGUUUUGUGAAGAAUACUAGACACCAGUUCCACAGAAAUUUGUAACAUUGCUCAAAGACUGUUUAUUUUCACAGGUCUGGAUUAUAAACAACUCACAACAGCAGACUCACCUCUUCAGGUAUUGAAGCCUGUGCUGACAGAAGCCAAUUUUAAUUUGUUGGCAAAGCUAGCAACAAAGAUCCCCACUAAGGUAAGUUUUGAUAGACAGAAUGGAAUAAGAGGGAACUAAACUUACAAUAAGUGCUGUUUUGCCCAGACUAGUUUUGCUCUUUAUCCCCUCUAUUAAGAAGUGUGCAUAAAUCUUUGGUUGUUUAUUACAUGAGCAUGUGUAUACAGUGUUCAUUUAAGUUCUCAGAUAGAUUAUUAAGUAAGUUGGUGAUGAAAGUAACUAACUUUUUAUGUUCAAAGCUGAUUGUUUAUGGUUCUACUCUCCAUGGGAGUACAUUUACCUAAAAAAAGCAAUCUCACAAAACAAUUUUUUGUAGUUGGAAAGUAAUCUUUUAUUUGAUCCACCAUCUCACUCUUCUUAUGUAGGAAACAUUAUAUGUUGGAAAAUGCUUCAAGAAAAGCCUGAGUUUGAUUUUCUCACAAAUAAAUUCUCAUAUUACAGGACGGCAGCUCUCUAGAAUCAUCAAGUGUGUACAGAGUCUAUGUGGAGAAACUCUUUUGGGAAGGAGAACGCAAGGGUAAAGAAAGUGAAGCAGAUCAACCAGUAGGUGUUCAAGGAUUAGAAUAUAUAUUUGUAUAUUGUUUGAGUAGAGACAUCCCUCAUACCUUCCUCUUCAAGAGAUGAAAAAAAAGUAAUCUCACCUUUCAGUAUUCCUACAAGGUGAUGACAAGAAACAAAAUAUCAACAACGAUAUUGUUCAAUCUAAAACCAAAUUCUCAUCGUUAAAAUUUAAAGAAAUGUAUGACAGGCAAUUCAGAGAAUUGAUAUUAAGAUCUUUUAACUGACCAGUUCAGGUACAGACCAUUUCUCAAAUUUUGCCAUCAGUUGCCUGACAUACAACUGAAAAUAACAGUUUGGGUAUGGGCCAGCUGACUACUGAAAAAUGUGAUAUGUUAACACUUGACACUCUAAUAUCAAUAUGUAUAUGUCCGUACUGUUUUCUUGACAUUUUCUUAAAGGUGCCAACAAGAAGAAUUUGUUUAACGAUCAAUUGGUUCCCUCAUUGCUGAUUAUAUAUAUUUUCUUAUGGUCUUGAUGUGUGAUUCAAAGGUGAUUUGUGAGAAGAUGUUAACCCUUUCACUCCCACAAGUGACCAAGACAGAAUUUCUCCUUACAAUAUCAAUACAAUAUCAAGCAGGCAGGUGAUGAGAAUAGAGAAGAAUAUCAAUCAUGGGAUUAUUAGUUGAUCUAAUACCAAAUUCUCUGAACUAACAUCAUAAGAAUUGUAUGGAAGAUAGUAAGGAGAACUACUAAUUAGAUCUUGGGAGUGAAAGGGUUAACUGCAAGUCACUCUUGGGGGUCAGAGGGUUAAGGUGAAUGGGAAUUUCAGUUAGUGAGAUUCGAGUGAGGCUAGUGUUACUCUAUUGAAUGUUGUUAAAUAAUUUGUGGCAGGUUGACUGGUCUCAGCGUUAUGAUGUUUGUCACAAACAGCUACCUCGCCUGUCAGCUCAAGGCAUUCAACAAUUUGUUGAUUCUAUAACAUUCAGUGAGUUAGCUGUGGACACCAUACCAGUUGAAAACAGGGUAGAAAUUGUGAAUAGAGCCUUGAGAUUUGCUCGACAACAAGAUGCUGCUCUGAAGAAAAAGGGAAUCAGUGAAAGCCAGGAAGAAAGGUACAAGCGGUUUGUUGUUGAAUUGAAUAUAGAGUUAGAUUUAUCUGAUGUUGUUAUGGAAUUGUGGCUUGGUAGUUUGCAUAGUAGUUUUAGAACAAAACAUCACAGUUAUCACUGUACAGUGUCUGCACCAAAAAAGGCAAAAUGGUUCUGUUUUCUUUUGUUAUUUUCAGAGGUUCAGGAUAAUAGGUUAUAAAUUUUCAUCCCAUAGAAUUCUCCACUCUUUUGAUUCUCUGAGAAUUAGCAGAACAGAUAGGAAAAAGCACUUCACACAUACACAUCCAUUCUGACAAUGACUGAGAUCAUUGAUAUUUUUUUAACUUUUGUUGUCAGAGAACACUAUUGUAAGUUACUCCUAUUUGAUGUUGGGUUUUAUUUACUUACCUUUUCUGAAGAGGCAUAUGACAUAAUAGGUUUCAAACUGAUGAAAUAUUUUUUAUUGUAGCGCUCUUGGGCAGAAUGUUACCUUUGAGCAAGUCAUCACCCAUUUGGAACAGAGUUGUAGACACCUUGAGUCCCUUGCUGAUCCCCUUAUUUAUGAACUGACAGAGCAUGAUGAGGUGUGUUGUUGUUCAAACAUUCAGUUUUAAUAAUGGGAAUAGUCAGUAAUUGCAGUUUAAUUUGCCAGCAAAGCUUCAACUGAAGUUCCACUGUGCAAAUUUUAUUGAAAGAUGACAUCAUUUUGAAUGCAUUAGGUAGCAUCAUACUUUUCAGUCAACUGGCAGGAAAACAAGUUACAUAGCAAAGAUAAUGGAUUUCUUGCUGUUAAAAUUGUUUCGUUUAAGUUUUUUAUUCCUAAUUUUUUAAUGUUUGUUAUUUUAUUUAUUUUAACAAAUGGGCUAGCUAGUGACAUAUUUCCAACAUAAACACGUGACAUAAGAUAUUUACAGAUAUUUAAUGCUUUUUUUGUUUAUUCUUGUUUUAACAAAUGCUUGUGAUCUGGACCUGUUUUCCUUGCAGGAUGUAGGUACAAGCUAUGCUCGCCUGUUUGCAUUGUCCCGCUCUGAACCACAUGAGAUUUGUGAGCUAGUGUCACUCAUGCUGAUAGGAGGUGCAUCUUUGGACACCAUCAAUGAGCUCCUUUUGCUGGCAUCUCGCCAAAAACCACAGACAGGCAGAGUGGGAAAGACAGUACAGCAAACCCUUAAAGUUGUACUGGAAUCUUUCAGGUUAGUUUUUCAGAUUAUAAUUAGCAUGGGAGCAGGGGCAGUCUUGGGAAAGGGAGCAGGGGGUGUGCACCUGCCUGCUUGGGAUGACCUACAGCUUUCUAAUAUAACUUCACAGUCAUAGAAAAACUAAUGAAUCAUUUACAGUGUUUUCUUAGCAGGUUACAUUAUGUUAUAGCCUAGUCAUAAGCCUUCUUCUUUGCUAUUCUCUUUUAAGAUUUGUUAGAAACUCUUUAACAAUGGCCAAUUUACAUUAUCAACCCAGUUGACAAAACCAAAUUAUCUCCACAAUAGCUUCAACAAUGCAACUUCACAGUUUUUUUGGAAACUUACUCUCAUUAUAUAUUCCUCAAAUGACUUACAUGUUUGCUAAGAAAGUGACAUAUUUCAUGUUAUGCAGUGAGUUGGCUGAAUUGUAUGGCUUGCAACAUUGUGAUGUGAUUUCAUUUGUUUUUUGUUCUUAGUGAAACAAAAAACUCUUCUCAUCCCUGGCUUAGUGACAAGAAACCCAUAGAUGUUUUACAGACAAUUCUUCAGACAGUAAGCAUGCAUAUUGAAAAAGGAGGGACAAUGACCAAUCAAGAGGAUGUCUUGGAGUGUUUACGACCAUUCUGUGCAGAUGUAACUGUGUCUGCUGCAAUAAAGACCACAGUUCUUCAGUUGAUGGAAGAGUCCUUUGACCUAAGUGGAGAAGACACGUUUCUUUUGUUAUUUUAUCAAACUGAUGCCAUUGUGUCAUCAACAUGGAACAGAAAGGUAACAUACACCACUGAGGAUUUCAUGAGUAAAUUUGCUCCUUUAUAUGUUGGUGAUAUUUUAACAGGUUGGCCCAGUUCAGUUCUAAAGUCAGUUUUAUUGGGAUCCUGUUUAAACAAUAAAAAGGCCAGACCACAAUAGUGGGAGAUACAUUCCCUAGUCUUUGUAAGAAGUGCAGGGAUUCUUUAAUUUCCCCUGCCAACCAGUUCAGAGAACAUGCAAGAGAGGGGCUUAUGCUUUAUCACCCUUAUCCAAGAAGACUGGAAUAUCAUACAAUGUUGCAUGGCACACUCUCCUCAGUUUUUUCAAGACUCGAGUUUCAGUCUUUUCCAGGGCUUGAACUCUCAACCUUUCACACAACAGUGCAGCACUCUACAAUAUGAACUAACCAAGUGCAGCUCAAUUAACUAGUUAACACCAUUAGUAUUAUUGUUAGUUAUCCUGUGACUUGUUAUCUGUUAAUGCAGAUUGUCCACUAGGUUUUAAAGUAUUUCUUUUGUGUUGCUAUAAUUAAGAUAUGUUACAAGUAACACAUUUUCUCUUGCAAGUAAUAAAAGUCAUUGCAAAACGAGAAACCCUUAAACAUCCAGGCUUCAAAGGGAAACGAACCUCUGCCUCCCUGAUACUGGUUGGGUGCCACUAUUAACUAAGUAAUGGAGCCACUAGCCUUUUUGGGAGUUUUGGAAACUUCAACUGCUUUUUCCCCCUACAAAGGAAUCCAAUCACAAAUAGUACAUCUGAAAUGCAGAUCAGGUUACUAUACAAAAGACACCUUUUUUUCACUCCACAGUUAAAAGUUGCUGGUCACAAAAUGGUUGUUGGCAAAAUAACAAGAAGGCCCAGUAUACAACACUUUUUAAGCAUCACAUACAAAGUGAUCAGUAAACAUAACUGAGUAAUUUUGAUUUCUUAUCUCAUGUAUGUCUUGGUACAGCUUACACUGGAAGACAUUGAUAGUGACACAAAGAGGCACCAACUGUUUGAGACUCUUUUGAGUGAAAGCCUCUCCCUCUCACAGCUGCUUUGUUUAGGAACCCUCUUGCAGAUAUGGCCUGUGCUUGCAGCUACAGAACUCAAGUAAGUGAUCAGGUUGAGGUUUGUUUGACAUCCUUUUGUUUUCCAAUAAGUUAUACAUAGCUUGCAGUGAUUUUUGUUAAAAAAGAAAUUGUUAUGUUUCAGCGAGGAGCCAUCAGCAAACCCUUGGGUGCAACUCAUGGACAAAAUAAUUCGAUGUCAUGGUGAUGGAGAGAGUGUGAUUGACAUGUUAAAACAGCUGUGCCGUACGACAAGUCUCAAUGUAGAGGUAUAGCUGUACACUUUCUUAGUGGAAUUAAUGAUUUUGUGGAAAAUUUUUUUGCUCGAAUUAAGUUCCACCCUUGUGAGGCAUGUUGCAAUUGAAUUGCCACACAGCUUAAAAUGAAAUAUUACAGAAGCUUGGUGUAGCAUGUCAUCUUUGCUUAUUAUGGUAUUAUGGUGAAAUUUUAUUUUCAGUGCUGCUCUCAUGUGUACAAUCUGAUGUUGCUCAAGUGCAAAACCCUCUAUGCAUUGAAGUUCGCCUUGGUUUCAAAGAUGGAAGCUAUGCACCACUUGGCAAUAGAAAACAUGAAGAGUCUUAAGGUAAAAAUUUAUUCACUGAGAACUUCUUUCUUCUGACUUUUAGGAGUUUUUCCUCCUGUGAUUAAGUCUUUCACUUCACAUUAAAACGUGUUACAUGAGACAGUUGGUGGAUUUAUUCAAAACACGAUUACUAGUUAGCUAAAUCUUACUUACUAUAAUUUGGCCUUAUCAACUGACUUGAUAAUGUAAAUUAACUAUAAUUGUAAAGAGUUUCUAAAGCUGAUGUUUCCAGUGCAAGCCUUUUGUUAGACCUUAGAAACUGUUUACAGUGGCCAAGUUACAUUAUAUUAUCAACUCAGUUUCUGGAACAAAAUGAUCUUGUAAUACCCCCCCCCCCCCAACCAUCUCAGCACCACAGUUUCUUUAGAAACUUACCCCCCCUCAACCCUUACUUAAUUUUUAACCUAGUUUGGUUUACAGUUUUGCAGAUUUCUUUACUGCUCAUUAUUAUUUUUCCCUUCACUCUUCCCUCACACCUCUACUUAACUCCUACAAAAAAAGAUCCUGUUGUGCACUGUUACUUUAGAGAAGUCAAAACCAAGGCUAAUGUUUAAUCCCAACAGCCAUUGCCCUGGGCAAGGUUCAUAAUGAUAAGCAUACUCUAGAUUAAAGCACCUAUAUAGUAUUUAUUUUUAUGCCUUUUAAGACACUUUUACCAACCCAUCACAAAUGCUGGCUCAAAAUGUUAGCCCAGUGUUGCAAUUAAAAACUUAUGUAGGUAAAACCGAAACCCUGCUGAACCUUUUUUCCUUAAAGUUGUGUUACAAUGACUUAGCAUUGGUUAGACUCACAGCAGACUAUGGAAAAGCCUCUUACUGUAAAUCUUUCCAAUCUCAUAUGUAACCUAAACCGUAGUAUUGUUAUCUUUACAGGCCAACUCAAAUUCGUAUGACAAUGAACUCCUGGAACUUGUUAUUUCUCUUGGCCUAACAGCAGACGUUGCUAAAACUCCCUUCCUAACCCCUCUGAUCAGCUAUGUUACUAGCAACCCUGAUGGAUCUGUGGACACUGAUGCAGUUGAGGUGGCAACUGAAUUAUCUCAUGCAGGUGCACGAGUCAAGCUGGUUGCCUCCCAAUUACAGGUGGCAGGCCACUGGGGUGAGGCAGGAACAUUGAUGUUGAAUUAUCAAGGGACACAUCCAGCUUUGAGGACCUUUGAUAGUGCACUAGGUGCCUUAUCAAGAUGGCUCAGAAGAUAAUGCUUGUUUGGUCAUAUGUCAUUCUAUGCCAGUCUUGAGAGACCUCUGCAUUUGACAUCAAGAAAUACUCUGCGUUAGAACUUUUCUUGUAUUAAAGCUAAUAAUGUACAUGAAGAAUUAUGUACUUCUGAUUGGCUGAUAAUGAGUGCAUUCUCAUGUAAGACAAGUGCAAAUUGAAACAUAAGUGCAAAUUACAAAUAGCAUGUGCAAGCUUUCAAAAUUGUGUCUGUCUUGACUUUCUGUGAUGUUUUUUCAUGUAGUUUAUUAACAAGUAAUAACAUGAUUUCUCUUGCAAUUUGGUGUUAAUCAGCAUUUGUAAAUUUUUCAGACAACAUAUUGCACUUUUGCUACAGGCUUAUGCAAUUUUGUUGUCUUUGUAAAAUUCACUUGUUCUUAUUAACACCAAAUUGCACUCAAAAUCUUGUUAUUGCCUAGACAAAGUGCAUGUGUGGACUUGCAUUAUUUAUAUGAGGAAUUGAGCUUCAUAAAGAAUACCAGUUGAAGUCCCAUGAUAAGUUUCUGCAAUGAUGUCUUUGGAUGCCUUAGUUGUGGGAACAAAUUUUGUGGAUGAAUACGAGGUAGAAGCUGGAGAAGUGUCUGCAAGUAGACAGAUUUAAAUUUAUGCUGCAUUUAUUGAUAUCAACAAAUUAACCUAAUUGAUUUAACAAAAGCCACUAUUUUAAUAGUUAUGCUAGUCUUUCAUAAGACCGAAAUAUAUUUCUGGA